CAGGGGGGAGGGGGGCGCCGGACAGCUCAGAGGGGGCCCCGCUGGGGGAUUCCCCCGCCCUCAGCCAAGCCCCGAGGAGGCGGCAGCACCGCGCCUCCCCCCCCGAGCGGGAGGCAGCAGCCACGCUGGAGCGAGCCCCUUCCCCGCUCUGGAAGCUCAUUCCUCCAAGGCUUCCAGACACAAUCUCCCGCGGUUGCUAGGAGAGGUGAGGUCACGGCCGCCAGCGGCGGUGAUUGGUCGGGCUGCAAGCCACGCCCCUUCCCCGUGGGCGUCGCAGCGGGAGGAGCGGAGCCUGCCUCCUCCCCCCUCACUCAGUGCGGAGCCGCCGCUGGGGCGUGAGUGACCUGAGCAGGGGCCACGUCCGCGUCUUGCCGCCGGCUGCCAGGCGGGGGCCAUGGGCCGCCCGUGCCCUGCGCCGCAGCUCCGCGCGCUGUUGCUGCUCCUCGCGCUGCUGCCGCCGCUCGCCCGCGCCUGGGACAGCGGCGACCUGGAGCUUUUCGACCUGGUGGAGGAGGUGCCGGAAAACUUCUACGGCUUCCUGGGGCUGCCGCAGGAUGCUUCAUCUGCAGACAUUAGGAAAGCAUAUCGCAAGCUUUCACUAACUUUACACCCAGACAAGAACAAAGAUGAAAAUGCAGAAACCCAGUUUAGACAAUUGGUGGCUAUCUAUGAGGUUUUAAAGGAUGAAGAGAGAAGGAAGAGGUAUGAUGAUAUUCUGAUCAAUGGACUACCAGAUUGGCGACAGCCUGUAUUCUACUACAGGCGGGUGAGAAAAAUGAGCAAUGCUGAGCUGGCAUUACUCUUGUUCAUUAUUCUCACAGUGGGUCAUUAUGCUGUGGUUUGGUCAAUCUACCUGGAAAAACAGCUGGAUGAACUGCUUAGCAAAAAAAAGAGAGAUAAGAAGAAAAAGACAGGAGGCAGGAGUACAGAUGAAGUAAAACUUGGGGCUGCUGACAAAAACGAAAGAUCAUUGGAAAAACCACAGUGGCGUGAUUUGCUUCCGUGCAAGCUGGGAAUUUGGUUCUGUCUUACUGUAAAAUCAUUACCUCAGCUGUUGCAGGAUGCCAGACAAUUAUACGUAGAAUAUAAAGAAACAAAAAUGAAGGCGAGAGAAGAUGCCCUGGCUAGAGCUGAACUUGAAACACUUCCGAAGGAGAAGAAACCUAAAGUCAAGAAACAAAAGUCGGAAUUCCCUAUAUAUACUGCUUCAGAAUCUAAUGCAUAUAUACCAUCAUAUGAACAUGGAGUUUCUAUUGAAGAGAUUGAGGAACAGAUGGAUGAUUGGUUGGAGAAUAAGAACAGAGCGUACAAAAAAAAGGCACCUGAAUGGACAGAAGAGGACCUUAGCCAGCUGACAAGAAGUAUGGUUAAGUUCCCAGGGGGGACCCCAGGUCGAUGGGAAAAGAUUGCUCACGAAUUGGGUCGAUCAGUGCCAGAUGUUACCAUGAAGACCAAGCAACUGAAGGAAUCUGUUACACAUACUCCAGGAAUUGUUAGACUCUCUGAGCUUAGAAACUUGGCCCAGAAUUCCAGAAAUGCCAAAACCAACAUGGAUUUGCCAGACCAUAUAAUUACGCAGCGAGAAAUAGAUGAGGAGGAGGAGGAGGAGGAGAACUAUAAUCGUGACCCAGAACAGAUGGUUAUUCCAGCAGAUCACAGAGAGACCAUGACAAGCGAAACCAGACACCGCAAGCGAAAAACAGCCAAAGCAUCUGAAAUAACUCUAGCAACGAUGAAAGAGGUGGCAGAAGAUAAAUGCAGGGGAAAGCGUCAGAAAGACUUUAACAACACAGAACAGGAUGAAUAUAGCGAUGAUGAGAACAGAAAAAAAGAGAGAAGCCACAAUUCCGAAGAAUUGUGGACUCAAAAUCAACAGAAACUUCUUGAACUAGCCUUACAGCAGUAUCCAAAGGGAACAUCAGACCGCUGGGAUAAGAUAGCAAAAUGCGUCCCAGGAAAAAGCAAGGAAGAGUGUGUGGCAAGAUACAAGUUGCUUGUUGAACUGGUACAAAAGAAGAAAAUGGCUAAAAGCUGAAUCUUCUGAGCAAAAGAGUUUUAUUUCUAUUUUUCAGAAUGAGAUUAUAUUUUAAAUCUCAUAUGCAUUUUUGUACCGCAGUAUUUCUAUGUCCUGUGCCUUAGUAAAAGAAAAUAUCAAUAAAUUUUAUGCCAUCUUGCUUAACCAUUU